CGGCACGCUUGAGCCAACCAUUUCUCAGGUCGUUAUAGAGAACACAUUACCACAACGAUUGAAGCCAUGGGCAGCAACGGCAAAGAGCACAAGCGCGGUGUCCCACGCCCGCCACCAUUGCCGCUGUACAGAGACUGGGAGGAAGAAGAGGUCGUCAAGAGAACCGGGCACGGGCAGUCGCCACUGGCUCGGUCGACGUCGACGCACCAGGCCAUGGCCGCCGCCGGCAACAACAACAAGAAGAGGCUGUCCAAGCAGCUGUCUAUGAAGGAGACCACCCGGGAGAUCAAGUGGGAGAAGAGGCGGCGGCAGAUACACCGCCGGAGGAGCAGCAUGGGCCUGAAUGAAGCCGACGACUUGGCCCUCGGCAGCACUGUCUGUGCCGUGGACGGCGAGGCGGUCUCGAGCACCGAGCUUGUGGCCAAGCAUCUCACCGACGAGGACCUGGACGAGCUGAGGGGAUCAAUGGAGCUCGGCUUCGGGUUCGACGAGGAGAAGGGCGGCCAGGACCUCUGCGACACGCUCCCCGCCCUCGACCUCUACUUCGCCGUGAACAGGCAGAUCUCCGAGCCCAAGAUGCGGUGGUCUACCAGCUCAGCGCCGUCACUGUCGGCGGCCUCGUCUUCGUCCAACCUCUGUGGCACGCCCAGCCCCGGCAGCCCCAACGCGCUCUCUAACCCCAUGGACUCGUGGAAGAUCUGCAGUCCUGGAGAUAACCCUCAGCUUGUGAAGACAAGGCUUAGGCACUGGGCUCAAGUUGUGGCGUAUUCAGUGAAGCACUCCAGCUGAUCAAGUAAUCAGAGCCUUAUGCACUCUUCUUCCAGACAUACUGUACAUGUGAUUGCUUCAUUAGAUGGAUGACGACGGAGAAGUCAUGUCCGGGUGAUACCUACAUAACCGAACGUGACCUUGUUGCUCUGAUGUCCAAUGGUGAAAUUAUUGUGUAUAUAUAGAGUUAGCAUCUGUGUGUUGGCAAAAAUAUACAUACUGUAUGUGCAGUCCCUGUUUUGC